AGAGCUGUCAGUGUCAGGCAGGCAAGCAGGGACAUCCCUCAGACCCAGUAACUCCAGUGUCUCCAGUCUGGACAGCCGCUUCGCUCUCUGGCUGAAGCCUGCUAGUCUGCUCGGACUGAGGAACACCCAAACCCAGGAAGGAGCUAAGCUUUCGCAUUGAUCGCUGGAUUUUCUUUAUAGAUAUUUAAGGGGACGCGAUGGCAGAUGUAAGUUUCAACGAAUCGUCCAACGCGGACGUAGCCAACAGGUUUGCGCGUAAAGGCGCGCUGAGGCAAAAAAACGUCCACGAAGUGAAGGAUCAUAAAUUCAUAGCCAGGUUCUUCAAGCAGCCGACUUUCUGCAGCCACUGCACCGACUUCAUCUGGGGGUUUGGAAAGCAAGGAUUCCAGUGCCAAGUUUGCUGUUUUGUGGUCCACAAGAGGUGCCAUGAAUUUGUCACGUUCUCCUGCCCGGGGGCAGACAAGGGACCCGACACAGACGAUCCCAGAACAAAGCAUAAGUUCAAGAUCCACACCUAUGGGAGCCCCACCUUCUGUGAUCACUGCGGCUCCCUGCUUUAUGGUCUCAUCCACCAGGGCAUGAAGUGUGACUCCUGUGAUAUGAACGUUCAUAACCAGUGUGUUAUGAGUGUUCCCAGCCUGUGUGGAACCGAUCACACUGAGAGAAGAGGGCGUCUUUUCCUCAAAUGUGAGGUCAGCGUGGAUAAACUGGAGGUCACAGUGGGUGAAGGUAAAAACCUCAUACCCAUGGACCCCAAUGGCCUCUCGGAUCCAUACGUCAAACUCAAGCUCAUCCCAGAUCCUAAAAACGAGACCAAGCAGAAGACCAAAACCAUCCGCUCCAACCUCAACCCCAAAUGGAAUGAGACCUUUUCUUUCAAGCUGAAGCCUUCAGAUAAAGAUCGCAGGCUGUCUGUGGAAGUGUGGGACUGGGAUCGGACCACCAGGAAUGACUUCAUGGGAGCGCUCUCCUUUGGCGUUUCGGAGCUCAUGAAGUCUCCCGCCUGUGGCUGGUUCAAGUUAUUGUGUCAGGAGGAGGGGGAGUACUACAACGUUCCCAUCUCAGUGGAGGAUGAUGGCAAUGAAGAACUGAGGCAGAAAUUUGAGAAAGCCAAGUUAGGACCUGGAAAGAAGAUGAUCUCAGAAGGAGUCGAUGGCCGACCCAUUAGCUUCCCUUCUAACAGCCUGGACCAGGUCAAACUCAGUGAUUUCAGCUUCCUGGCUGUGCUGGGAAAAGGCAGCUUUGGCAAGGUCAUGCUAGCAGAGAUGAAGGCCACACAAGAGCUUUAUGCUAUUAAGAUCCUGAAGAAGGAUGUAGUGAUCCAGGAUGAUGAUGUCGAAUGUACAAUGAUAGAGAAGAGAGUCCUGGCUCAACAAGACAAGCCACCCUUCCUCACGCAGCUUCACUCGUGCUUCCAGACUGUGGACCGCCUGUAUUUUGUCAUGGAGUAUGUGAAUGGUGGAGACCUUAUGUACCACAUCCAACAAGUGGGCAAGUUCAAGGAACCUCAAGCAGUAUUCUAUGCAGCAGAAAUUGCCGUUGGUCUCUUCUUCUUGCACCUUAAAGGAAUCAUUUACAGGGAUCUGAAAUUGGACAACGUCAUGCUGGACUCAGAGGGACACAUCAAGAUAGCGGACUUUGGCAUGUGCAAAGAGAACAUGGCAGACGGCGUCACCACGCGAACCUUCUGCGGCACUCCGGACUACAUAGCUCCAGAGAUCAUUGCUUAUCAGCCAUAUGGACGGUCUGUGGACUGGUGGGCGUAUGGAGUUCUACUUUAUGAAAUGCUGGCAGGACAGCCUCCGUUUGAUGGUGAGGAUGAAGAUGAGUUGUUCCAGUCCAUUAUGGAGCACAAUGCUUCUUACCCAAAGUCCAUGUCAAAAGAAGCUGUGUCCAUCUGCAAAGGGCUGAUGACCAAACACCCAUCUAAGCGCUUGGGCUGCGGCCCUGAAGGAGAGAGGGACAUCAGAGAACACGCCUUUUUCAGACGGAUCGACUGGGAUCGUCUUGAGAACAGAGAGAUACAGCCACCCUUCAAGCCUAAAACGUGCGGCAAAGGGGCUGAGAACUUUGACAAGUUCUUCACACGCACCCAGCCCCAGCUUACACCACCAGACGAGCUGGUUAUUGCCAACAUUGACCAGGCAGAGUUUGCAGGGUUCUCUUUCAUCAACAGUCAGUUUGUACAUCCGUCACUUGUCCAGAGUGUAUGAAAAGGAUGGUAGUAUCUCUGAUUAACCUCCCUGUUCACUGCCACCUACCGAAACCAACCGUCAAUAAAAUGUUAUUAGAGCAUCAAGUCCCA